UCACGACUAAAAUGCUUGCCUUCCUUUCGCGAUGAUCUUUCAUACCUAAAAAUGUUGAAUGAUAAUGUCUUCAUAGAAGGUGUCCCCGAGGUCCAUCCGAUACCGAAUCUCGAAGGAGGAAUUUCGGUGUUGGCUUGUCCAAGUGGGUACUCUAUCGGCUCAUCGAACUGGGUUUUUAAAACGGAAUACGAGCGCGUGGGAUAUCUCACAUCGUCAUCCACUCGCUCAACUCACUCACGAUCCGUUGAAUGGGAGAAACUUCAAGAUGCUGAUGCACUUAUUUUGACAUCGUUGGGAAGAACACCAGAACUAAGCCUCGAAAGCGUUAUAAUUGAAGUAUCUCAAACGGUUUUGGACACGUUAAAACGAGGAGGAAAUGUUUUGAUGCCUGUGAAUCCUGUUGGAUCCAUUUUUGAUUUAAUCGAUGUCGUUUCUAGGAGUAUAGACAAUGCGGGAGGCUCCAUUCUAGAAACACGCAUCUAUUUCAUAUCGCCUGUUGCCAAGGGUGCUUUGGCUUAUUCGAAUGUAAACGCUGAGUGGUUAUCGGAAUCAAGACAAAAUGCUGUAUAUGUUCCAGAAGAACCGUUUUGUCACAUAGCACUAGUUCGGAAUGGAAGACUCAAACUCUAUAGUAAUAUCUAUGAAUCGUUUUGUCGAGAAUACAAGACACCAUGCGUUGUUUUUACUGGUCAUCCAUCGUUGCGCUUAGGAGAUGCACCACAUCUUUUAGAAAUGUGGGGAAACGACUCGAAGAAUGCUUUGAUAAUGACUGAUCCCGAUUAUCCGCUUAAUGAGGUAUAUAGACCUUAUGAAGAAUUAGCUAUACGUGCGUUUUACUAUCCGAUUGAGACGAGACUGGAGUUUUCUCAACUCAAUUCAACAUUGCUUCCAAUAGAGCUUAAACCAAAAGUGAGUAUUGACAUAUGA